UCUAUUUCCCGCCUCUACAAAAUUUAUCGAUUCACGUCUCAUUUUCUCUCAAAUUUGAAUUUUGAGUGAGUGAGUGAGUGAUCUUCUCUAUUUUGGCUUUGCUUAUUUGAGAGAGAAAUUGGAUCGCAGGUGUUUUUCCAUCAGAAUUACGAAAAUAUAGAGUUGUUCAAUUACUGCUGCCAAAAACCUUCUCCAAGGCGGUCCUCAUGAUCAUCUACACUUUACAUUUCAUGACAUUCAAACCUCCUUAUGAAUUUGAGUUCUAACUGAUGCACAAAUUCAACUGAAUUCAACGAUGGAGAUCAACAGACAACAAAAUUUGCGAGAUGAUCCAAUGAGUGAGUGUCGGAGUUUUGGCAGCAAUUACCAUCCUUGUAGCCAAUCCAGGAAGAUCUCAAUAGGAGUUGUGGUAGAUUCCUUACCAAAAACAAGACCCAAAACUGUUGGAGAAAAUGAGGCAACUGUAGUAAAGAUGGAUUCUAGGAGAGGAAUUGCUUUGGAGGAUAGACUCAAGGGGGAAGGGGUCACAGCCGCCACAACAGGAAAACAGGCAGAGGCCCCAGAGCGAGAGACUUCCCCAUGGGUUUCUACUAGAUCUUACAAUAAAAAAAUACCAGCUUCAGGGGAUAAUACUGUUCAGUUUUUCACAAAUCAGAUUUCAGUUUUACAUCCUAGUGACGGCAAGCAGAAGAAAUUUAACAAGGUCAAUUAUAUGAGGAAGGGGCAGAAAGAUGGUACUGCAGAGAGGGUGGAGGAAUUUCCAUUGGCAAAUGCACAGGAAGUUUCUGUGACAGAAAAAGAGUUGGUAGAGGAUAUAACAAACAAAACAGAAAACAGAGGCAGUGAAACUUUGAGAAUGAAGCUUUGGGAGAUCUUGGGAACUGUUUCUUCACCAAACAAGCAUUUUUCCAACUCCCAGGCUUUUGGGAAGGGUUCAACUAAUCUAAAGCCAGAGCAGAGAAUUGACUUCGAAAAUCCUGUUGGUAUGCCUAAAUACAACUCAGACACAAUAGAGAGUGAUUCUGAAAAUCCUAAUCAUACUGUAAGGAGACCGGUGACUCGUUCCUUGACCAGAAAGAGAGCCCCAAAUAAAGUGCAACCGAAAAGGCCAAAAAGUGUGCCAAUAUCUAGUUAUACACAGAAACCAUUGGAGAACAUCUUCUCCUUCAAAGAAGGAUGGUCUGGGAGGCCAUGCCAUACUGUCAAUGGAGGUUCUUCAAUGGCUGAGAGAAAGAAGAGCGAGCAAAAAAUUCUAAAAACUAAGCCAUGGAGGAUGUGCUUUCCUGAACAGGAAAUUGCAGAUGAAGAUCAACAACCAAGUGGUAAGAGCAAAACAACAAGCCCUGCUGAGAAAUUACCAUUAUUUGGAAAUCGGACAGGAAGUCUUUGCAGUGUCCUUCCCGAGAAAACAAGUGAGUUUGUUGAGCCAAAGAAUGGAAUCCAAAGAAACGAUUCUCAUGAGUCCCCAGAUAUGACGACGGCAGAUCAGCCAGGGGAUAUUAGUGGUCCAACGUUUCAAGUAUUUGUGGACCAGCAAGAAGACUUUGCCAAUCCAUCCUUUACUAACAUUGUGGAUCCUAAAUACAACCUCGAAUCCCCAACUUUUGAGAUGAGAACACCAAUUAAAAGCUCUUCUCCAGACCCCUUCUCAAAAGUCAACCAUGGGGAACUGGAUGAUCACAUUCUUGCAGAGAGAAUAUUUAAUGUGGAAGGCAUCCGUAGCUUCCGGAGCUUGCAUGGUUCAAAACCAGAGAGUCAUAAAAUAGAUGCACAAAUGGAAACAUCUGAAGAUGCAGGGCAACUUGAAGAUUCUCCUAUUAUGAAAUCAGUGCCCAUUAUGGAAGGAAAAUACUCAGAAAAUAGGCUGUCUAAAUCAUCAUCUGAAGAAAGCGAUUCUGAGAGCUUUCAAGACUUUUCAUCUAUUGAAGGUCUACCAAGGGAAACAGAGUUCUUGUUUCCAGAAAUCAGCAUGGUUGAGAAAUCAAAGUUUGUGCUCCAUUCAACCAAAAGGCUCCGUAGCCAAGAAGGUGCUAAAGUUACCGGAAUUAGUCCCACCUCAGACUCUCCAAAAGGGACUGGACCUUCAAAACAGGACCAGGAGGAUAACUUGGCUAGUGCUGUUGCUCUAUUUGCCUUGGGUUUAGAAAGAGUUAAAAGCAAAAUGAAGUCAGUGACUAGCCAAAAAUCUGCUGAAAUUCUUAUGUCUGUUGCUGAGGGAAUACAUUUGCAGUUGCAGAAUACUGAAUCUCAGAUUCAAACAAAUUUGGGGAUCCUAACGAGCCUCAGUAAAUCAAAACAAAAACGCCUAGAAACCAGAUUCCAAGAACAACAGAAACAACUGAAGGCCAUGCAUGAAAGGUUCAAGGAAGAGGUUAAUCAGCACCUCCAGGAUUGCAUGAGCACACUUGAAGGGCUGGAGGCACAGCACAUUGAUUGCAAAGGAACUGUAAAGAAACAAAAAGCAUCACACAGAAAGCUUAUCGUGCAAGUGGAAGAAGCAAUUGAGACCCAGCUCAACGAUGCUGAAAGAAGAAUAGCAGCCGUCCACAAGUUGGCAAGGGAGAACAUGCUUCAACUGAAAUGUGUAAUAGCUGAGUGUUUGAAAGAUGAUAUUCUCAGUUGACAUGAUCUUUCCUGGUGGUAAGAAAGACCAGAACACCGGCCAAAGUUAGACGAGCCCAGAAGAGGUAAUCAGUUGAGAGAACUUGGUUUUCAUUUGUUAUUAGAGUUUAGAGAGAACAUGCCUGUGACAUUUGGCCUUGUGGUCUUUUAGAUACACGGUGUAGUUUAAUAGGGUGUUGUCUAGCUGUCAGGAUAGUAAGUAGUGGAUGUUGAGAGAAUUCAUGCAUUAGCUUUGUCUAUACAGCUCAGGAUGAUAAACUUUUUAUCAUAUCCAUUGCAAAGUGAAUGCUACACAGAGUACAUCAACCAAUGUAUAAAUAUAGGUACUGAAUAUGGUUGUUUUAAUUUGGUGUUCUUAUAUUAGGACUUGGGAGCCUUUGAAAAUAAGGGCCCCUGCUGAGAGUUUGACAAAAAUAGGGUGGU